AUGAGGCCUACAAACCUCUUUGAGUUCCUCGCCCUUGCGGCUUCGAUCGUUCCCGCCGCGAUCGCCAGUUCCUCCCCCGGCCAGUCUUUGCGCACCGGCAGCCCCCGUUCUCGCACGGUUUCUCCCCCAGCGAUUGUUGCCGGGAGCCCUCCCGUCAGCCCUCGUCUCGAGGCCGACAGCCAAGGAGCUCUGACCGCCGCGGAGCUAGAGGAGGUGAAGAGACUUACCCCGGAGCAGUUUGGACAGUGGCUCCGCAAGCACGAGGAUGCCGCCGGCGCGGCUACGCAGCCUCAGCAUGCCCAGCACGGUCUUCCGCCGUCGCCUGGCGCUAGAGGUCACUCCCAGGACCUCUCUCAUCAAAAGGCCGAGGGCUCGGCUGGGUUGAAUCGCGGGGCAAGGCACAACAUUGACUUUGAUGGUUACUUCCGAAAGCGGGAUCUGCAGCCGAAGCUUGCCCCUCGGUCCAGGCCAGGCCGCGACAGCAGCCAGGUCAAGCGGCGCUCCAGCCCCAAGCAAGAGCAAAACGUCCCCGAGGCGAGCCAGGCGUCGAUGCUCGGUAAGCUGCGCGGCAAGGCGGCAACGUGUAUGCAGGUGUGCGGAGCGGCAAUCUCACGCCUGGGCGCAAAGGCCAAGCAGCCGAGAUCGGGCAACGGCAACACCAACCCCACCCCGCCCGGCCCUUGCUGGUGCGCAGAGUGCGUCGACAGCGGCAACAAUGGAUGGCAUAGCCACGAGGGUCGGAAAAAGCUCCAGGCUUCCAGCUUGGAGGAUUUGUUGUCAGAGUGCCGGGCGAUACAGACCGAAGUGGACGAUCUCAGGGCACGCUUGACGGCUCAGCUUGCGGAAGCUCAGGAGCGGGAAAGGCUGCAAAAGGGAACUCAAUCCUCCAAGCAGGUUGGGCCCAGGUAG